CUUCACAAGUGUGUGAGAGGAAUGUGACGUGCAGCCCGACGUCCUCUCAGAGAGCUAAGAGACUCGCGGACUCACGUCAGCACCCAGUUUUCAGGACAAACUUUCCUUCUAUGUGCAGCAUUUGAUACUCACGCAUUUCAGCAUCAUGCAUCCAACCAUUCUCUGGGCAACCCUGAUUUGUAUUGUUCUGGCUGAAAAAUCCCCUCGACUGAAAUUUACUGUGCAAGAGCCGGCAAGGUUUCACUUCGCAAAGCCUGAAAACUACAUGACCAUAUACCACCAGCAGGGGAGUGAUGUUCUGUAUGUGGGGGGGCAAGCAGUUAUUUAUAUGAUCAACUUCACCCAGAAAGGAGUGCAACAUAAAGAGAUAUCUGCAGUAGCUGAUGAAAAUUCCAGACAAAGCUGUCUUGCCAAAUCAGUAUCUAAGAUCGAGUGUGACAAUUUCAUCACUGUCAUUGAGAAAGUCAAUGACACCUUUGUGGUGUGUGGGACAAAUGCAGGCACCCCAAAAUGUUGGUUAUUGGUGAAUAACUCUGCACUCAUCAACAUGUCUGAUAAUGCACAGAGGAUAUCACCCUCAGAUAUUUCCCCGACCAUUCCUUCUCAACGCUCUGUCAGUCUCUCAGCAGGUGGAAGCCUGUAUUCUGCUUUGUCAGCUAUGGGAAAACAGCCUGGCUCUAUACGUCGCACAUACAGCACUAACAAGCUGCUGAAGACUGAGAACAAAUGGCUGUCGAACCCUCAGUUUGCAGGAGCUGCUGUAAUUCCUGCAACAAACCAAUACAAUGAGGUGAUCUAUAUUUUCUUCAGUGAAAUCAACAAGACAGCUGAUAUGGAUGAAGAACCAUACAGGGCUCGGAUAGUGCGAAUCUGCAUGAACGAUAAUGGUGGCACAAGGACAGUGCUGCCUGACUCUUGGACUACAUUUCUGAAGGCUCGUGUCAUGUGUGGGACAGACGGCACCCCUCAGCACUACAAUAACAUCAAGCGAGCAUUUGUUCUCAUAUCUCCACAACGUAUAGGUGUCACGUAUGGACUUUUCUCUAAUGCUUGGGGCACAACUGUUGUCUGUGCGUACUCAAUUUCAGACAUCGACAUGGCAUUUGCUAAAACAGAGCGUCAACGGUCCAACGACCCAGUCACUCGAAAUCUAGAUGGAAUGUGUGGUCGUAGGAAUCAUACAACAGCUCAGUACGUAAAAAUGCUGGAAGUGAUGAGAGAUUAUCCUGAGAUUGAAGACACAAUACUGUCAGUGGAAGACGCUCCUCUGGAUCUGCCCACUGAAGACCAUUUCACACACAUUGUGGCAGACAGUGUGCUCACAGUCAAUGAAGAACAUUACAUCGUCAUCUACCUGGGCACAGAACAGGGAAAAAUUCUAAAAGUCCUUCACACCAAUGAAGAAGUUUUUAUUAUAUCGCAGUAUUCUCUGUUCCAUAAUGAGGGGCCCAUCAUUAACAUGGCCAUCGACUCACAGAAAGGUCACCUUUACAUUGGCACUGCGAUGGAAGUCCAGCGCCUACCACUGGCUGACUGCAGUCGAUAUGGAGAUACUUGCAGGGAGUGCAUUCUCUCCAGAGACCCAUACUGUGGAUGGGACUUGACCAAAAAGCGGUGCCUGGCUAUUCCGGCAAACUACAAUAUCACUACUGGUGGAAUACUACAGAGUCUUGACAAAUCUAAUGCCUCAGUUUGUGGGGACACUGCAGCUUUAAAGAUACGCAGUACAAUUCCAAAGGAAGUGCGGAUGCACAAAGAUGGCCCAGUCCUGUUGCCAUGUCCCGUUCGCUCCUUCCAUGCCACGUACAGCUGGGAGAAGGACAACUGUAUUAAGCGAUACCCCUGUACCAUCUCUGGCUCAUCCUGUGUGCUUGGCUCAAAUCCUGAUCUGCCCUUGAAGGAGGGUGUAUUCCGUUGCAUGGCCACAGAGAGCGGCCUGAAACAGGAAUUGGUGUCAUACAAGCUGGUAUUUAAUGCUGGGCCUUCUGCCACUUCAUCGGCUAUCAAACUGGCUCUGUCUCUACUGCUGACCAUCAUUGGCUUCUGCCUACAUUAGCCUGCUAACACACUACCUCUGGCUUUUAAUAGAGAUGAUUGGAGCACUAUUUGAUACCAAGGUUAGGUUCACAAAACAAAUCUUUACAAGGUCUGUUUAGUCAAAGGAAUGUAGGUUUUAAUGUCUAAUUACAUCAGGUGAAGCAAUUAUAUUUCAGCCUCAGAAAAAUUGAAAACAUAUCUGAAUGUCAUUUUGUACAUAUCAGUGACAGUUUGAGAGGAUAACUUAAUGCACUGAG